GGGCAGGUGUACUGGGGCCAUAUUUUGUUUUGGAUGACAUGCUUGAAGAAGAGGAAAAAGGGAAAGUACCAUAUGCACACUCCCUAACUUCUUCUGCUCUCUAAUCAUUUUCCAGGGAAUAAUAAUAGUGAAAAAGUUGCAAUUUCCAUCAUUUAUCAACAACACUACCACUCACCAACCAAUGACCGCUACCGAAGCCGCUAAAUUGCUAUAACCAAACCCUAGAUCUCUGCUGCACUUCCACAUUUCGAGUCGCAAUGGCGGCUCGAUCUGGAUCUCGGUCUCGGUCUCGGUCUCGGUCCCAGUCUCUCUUUAUUUUAGUAAUGGCCAGUCUUCUAAUAGAUAAGAGUGCAGAAGUUACGUUCUCGUCGAGGCUGAUUCACCGAUUCUCUGAUGAAGUAAAAGCGCUUAGGGUUUCGAGGAAGGACAGCCUGAGUUACAGCUGGCCGGAGAAGAAAAGCAUGGAUUAUUAUCAGAUACUAGUGAACAGUGAUUUCCAGAGACAGAAAAUGAAACUUGGACCUCAGUAUCAGUUUCUCUUUCCUUCUCAAGGCAGUAAAACGAUGUCGCUUGGAGAUGACUUUGGAUGGUUACAUUACACCUGGAUUGACAUAGGAACACCUCAUGUUUCAUUUCUUGUUGCUCUGGACGCGGGGAGUGAUCUACUCUGGGUGCCUUGUGAUUGCCUUCAAUGUGCCCCCCUAUCUGCAAGUUACUAUAGUAGUCUGGAUAGAGAUCUGAAUGAAUACAGUCCAUCUCAUUCAAGUACCAGCAAGCAUCUAUCUUGCAGUCAUCAGUUAUGUGAAUUGGGUCCAAAUUGCAAUAGCCCAAAGCAGCCAUGCCCUUACUCUAUGGACUAUUAUACGGAGAACACAUCAAGUUCAGGUCUGCUGGUUGAGGACAUAUUACAUCUUGCUUCAAAUGGUGAUAAUGCAUUAAGUUAUUCUGUGCGGGCUCCAGUUGUCAUAGGAUGUGGCAUGAAGCAAAGUGGUGGUUACUUGGAUGGAGUUGCACCUGAUGGUCUGAUGGGUUUAGGACUGGCUGAAAUUUCAGUUCCUAGUUUUCUUGCUAAAGCAGGAUUGAUCCGGAACUCUUUUUCAAUGUGCUUUGAUGAGGAUGAUUCUGGAAGAAUAUUUUUUGGUGAUCAAGGUCCAACUACCCAACAAUCUACACCAUUCCUGACUUUAGAUGGGAACUAUACAACUUAUGUUGUCGGAGUGGAGGGCUUUUGUGUGGGAAGUUCUUGUCUUAAGCAGACAAGUUUUAGGGCAUUAGUUGAUACUGGCACAUCAUUUACAUUUCUUCCAAAUGGAGUUUAUGAAAGAAUUACUGAGGAGUUUGACCGCCAAGUGAAUGCUACCAUCUCCAGCUUUAAUGGCUAUCCAUGGAAGUAUUGCUACAAAUCAAGUUCAAAUCACUUGACCAAGGUCCCAUCUGUGAAGCUCAUUUUCCCUCUGAACAACAGCUUUGUAAUCCAUAAUCCUGUUUUUAUGAUCUACGGCAUUCAGGGAAUUACUGGAUUUUGCCUAGCCAUCCAGCCAACUGAGGGAGAUAUUGGAACCAUUGGACAGAAUUUCAUGGCAGGAUAUCGAGUAGUAUUUGAUAGGGAAAAUAUGAAGUUGGGCUGGUCGCACUCUAGUUGUGAAGAUCGGAGUAAUGAUAAGAGGAUGCCUCUUACGUCUCCAAAUGGGACACUAGUCAACCCAUUACCAACAAAUGAGCAGCAAAGCAGUCCUGGAGGACAUGCGGUUUCACCUGCUGUUGCUGGAAGAGCUCCAUCUAAACCAUCAGCUGCCGCAGUCCAACUAUUACCAUCCCGGUUUUGUUUGUUGAACUCAUUGAUGCUGUUGCUUUUACUUCAUCUGCUAGUUUGCUUUUCCAAGUAAAUACAGUCUUCUAUAAUAUAAAGUUCUAUUCUUUAUAUAUAUAGUCUUGCAUGUAAAUUAAGUCCGUCCUUGUUUUAAUAUGUAUACAAAAGUAUUUGUAGAUCCGUCCUGACAUCCAAUGCCAUCAGUUUUUUUUUGCCUCCUUGUUGGCAUGUGGUUGAUUCGGACACCGAGGGCAUAAACUGCAUUUCCUCUAAUAUCUCUUCCUGAUUA